AUGGCCGCGUGUAUUUCAACAAAUCAGCACCCAAUCGGUAGUCUGUCAACGAAAGCGAGCCCAGACACAAAUGUUAUGUUAACUGAUGUGAUAAAUGCAUCCGAUAAAGCGAAAAUUCAUCAACAAGCAGAAUUAUUGGAUAUGUGGAUAGCGUUGCAUGGUGAUAAUUUUUAUCCGCGACGAAAAGAAAAAGAGAAGAUUGCAAAAGAGUUGUGCAUGUCUUAUUUGCAAGUUAAUCGAUGGUUCGCAAAUCGUCGUCGAAAACAAACAAAGAAGCGUAAAGAUGAGAUGCUGAUGACCUCGUCGUCACAUUUCACUCAGCCGCAUUCAUCUUCGUCAUCGAUCAGUAACGAUAACUUCAAAAAUAACGCUGACGAGUGAAUCGUUGAAUAUCAAGUUGAUAGAUUGGUUAUCGCUGUGAUGAUUCGGUUACUGGCGAUGACGAACGCAGUGCAUGAUCGUCUAUGA